GGCUCGGCACAGCUGGAGUCGGGGCGCGGGGGCCGCACUGACACAGGGGACGGGAUGAGCUCCAACCAACUGCCCAAAGUGCUGAGGGGCCGCCCGGCCAACAGCCUGGAGGCCGAGAGGGAGAGCUUCGAGAGGGGCCAGACAGUCAGCAUCAAUAAAGCCAUUAACACACAGGAAGUCGCUGUGAAGGAAAAGCACGCCAGGACAUGUAUCCUGGGCACGCACCACGAGAAAGGGGCGCAGACAUUCUGGUCGGUGGUCAACCGGUUGCCGCUGUCCAGCAAUGCCGUCCUGUGCUGGAAAUUCUGCCACGUCUUCCAUAAGCUGCUCCGGGAUGGGCAUUCCAGCGUGCUACAGGAUUCCAUGCGUUACAAGGGGGAGCUGAGUGAUAUGAGCAGGAUGUGGGGACACCUAAGCGAAGGCUAUGGGCGGCUGAGCAGCAUCUACCUCAAACUGUUAAUAACAAAGAUGGAAUUCCACAGCAAAAAUGCGGAGGUAACGAGGCAGAUGACGGGCGCGAGACAAGCCCAGGAGGACGUGGAGCAGGUGAAGAAGGAGCUGGAGGAGAGCGUGCGGCGCGUGAGAGAGGAAUCGCAGCACAAAGCUCAGGAACAGACACAGAUCCUGGAGUCGUUGGGGAAGGAGCUGAAAUGCAGGAAUGAGGAGCUGCAGUCACUGAGAGCAUCGCAGGAGCUAUCCCAGCAGACCAGCACAGAGCUGGCGGAGAAGCUGGCUGCGUUGGGGCAGGAGAGGGCAACACUGAGCGAGACGGCGGGACAUAGGGAGCAGGAGAUGGUCUCACUUCGCAACCAGGUUCAGCAGCUCAACCAGGAGCUGGUGACAACCCGAGCGAGCACUGCCCACAGCGUGGAGACCCUGCACAGCCAGCUCAGUGAGCAGGAGAAGCGAAGGCAGGAGCUGGAGCAGCAGUUAGUGGCCGAGCAGUUUGCGUUGCUGCGCUCGACGCUGGAGGAGGGGGAGCGGAUGGUGCAGGACUCGCUCGGGCGCCUGGACGACCCAGUCCACGUGGGCUGCACCAGCUCAGCCGAUUACCUGAUCACCAGAGGCCAGGCUGCCCUGGACUCUCUGAAGAGGCUGGAGGUCGGACACACAGCGUAUCUCGCUAACCCCUCAGAUGUCACUGAGCUGCUCCAGUCUGUGGCUCUCUUUGCCCACCUGGUGAGCGACACCGUUGUGCAGGGCAGUGCCACCUCUCACAUGGCCCCCAUGGAACAGGCUGAUCACCUGACCGAGAUGUGCAGGCACUGCGGUGUGGAAGUCCUCUCCUACUUCUCCAGCCUCAGGGAAGCCUCCACUCUGCAGUGCCAACUGCACCCACGUCCGAGAGAGUCUGAGUCAAAUCAACACCAUGCACAGGAGCUGAGGCCCAAAGGGAGGGAUAUUAAGCAGGAGGAGCUGGGGGACCUGGUGGAGCUGGAGAUGGCGGCCACAUCACAGGCUGUCGAAACAGCUGCGUCCAGGAUCGAGGACAUGCUGAGCAAAUCCCGAGCCGGGGACACGGGGGUGAAGCUGGAAGUGAACGAGAGGAUCCUGGCCUCCUGCACUGACCUGAUGGACGCCAUCAAACUGCUGGUCCUAACAUCGAAAGACCUUCAGAGGGACAUUGUAGAGAGCGGAAGAGGGGCAGCAUCUCACAAAGAGUUUUACGCUAAGAACUCGAGGUGGACUGAAGGCCUGAUCUCUGCCUCCAAGGCUGUGGGCUGGGGAGCCACUGUGUUAGUAGACGCGGCUGACUUGGUUGUCCAGGGGAAAGGGAAGUUCGAGGAGCUGAUGGUUUGCUCACAUGAGAUUGCAGCCAGUACUGCACAGCUGGUGGCUGCCUCCAAGGUGAAAGCUGAUAAGGAGAGCACCAACCUGGGGCGGCUGCAGCAAGCUUCCCGCGGGGUCAACGAAGCCACCGCCAAUGUGGUGGCCUCAACCAAGUCGGGCAAGUCACAGAUCGAAGAGAAAGACACAAUGGAUUUCUCCACCAUGACACUGACGCAGAUCAAACGCCAGGAGAUGGACACACAGGUACGUGUUCUGGAACUGGAGAACCAGCUGCAGAAAGAGAGGCAGCGACUGGGAGGCCUGAGGAAGAAGCAUUAUGAGCUGGCGGGGGUCUCUGAAGGGUGGGACGCAGAUGCCAAGUAAUGGGAUUGACCGAGGCUUUCACUGGCAGCCAGACUGAUCCAACGACCAAACCCUAGUGGCCACAAACAUGCCCACCGCACGCUGUCUCAAGUACGUGGACAGCACAGACACCCCCACCCUCUCACCCCGUGCCCUCACACACACACACACACACGUGUUUCCGAGACCACAUGAUUUCCUUCCUCUUAUCUCACCCACAAAAUACACAGUCAAUUCACUUUACAGUAUGAAGCGC